AUAAAAAACCCUUCUUGAUUUACGUAUCUGAAAUCACAGGUUGAAUUGAGUAGAUCAAUGGGGGAGAAGGCCAGGUACAGUAUAAUUAUCCCAACAUACAACGAACGACUCAACAUCGCCCUCGUCAUUUUCCUCCUUUUCAAGCAUGUCAAGGAUGUCGACUUUGAAAUUAUAGUGGUGGAUGAUGGAAGUCCUGAUGGAACUCAAGACAUUGUUGAACAAUUGCAGCAGGUGUACAGGGAAGAUCGCAUUCUUUUGAGGUCUCGAUCUGCUAAGCUUGGUUUAGGUACUGCCUAUAUUCAUGGUUUGAAGUAUGCCUCUGGAGACUUUGUUGUCAUUAUGGAUGCUGAUCUAUCCCACCACAUAGUUUUCCUCGGGCGUAAUUAUGUUGUGUUCAUGGAAUUCAGGAAACAAAUCGAGACGGGUGCCGAUAUCAUCACUGGGACCCGCUAUGUUAUGGGAGGUGGUGUUCAUGGGUGGAACCUAAUGCGCAAAUUGACAAGUAGAGGAGCAAAUGUCCUUGCACAGACACUUCUAUGGCCAGGAGUAUCAGACCUAACUGGAUCAUUUCGGCUCUACCGGAAGUCAGUGCUUAAAGACAUCAUAAGCUCGUGUGUCAGCAAAGGCUAUGUUUUUCAAAUGGAGAUGAUUGUCCGAGCUUCAAGAAAACAUUAUCAUAUUGAAGAGGUUCCAAUUACUUUUGUUGAUAGAGUAUUUGGGAGCUCCAAGUUGGGUGGUUCAGAAAUAGUUGAGUAUCUUAAGGGCCUUAUAUAUCUUCUGUUAACAACAUGACCAAAAGCUGGUCACUUUCUUUUGAGUUCUUAGUUGUUCCAAAACACUGAAUUUUUUUUAUAGAAAUAUUUGAAGUAGUUCUCAUAAAGUUCAGAGUAGUGAUUCUUCCCUAUUUACUGUCUCUGUGAUCAUAAAACUUCAUGAAAAAACUCUUUUAUUGCCAAAUUCUUGCUUGCUGCUUUCUCCCUGCAAGUGAAGUUGUGGGGUCAGAUAGUUCUGCAUUUACAUAUUGAAAUAUAUG